AUGGCCACAAUAAGGCAAGAUGUCUCUAACUUGAGACAAGAAAGUCAUGCCUCCUUGAGACACUUGGAGACACAAGUUGCUCACAAUUCCAAGGCUUUGGCCGAGAGACCACAAGGCGCACUUCCGAGCACCACGGUAAAUAACCCCCGGGAGAGGGUGCAAGCCGUGACACUUCGGAGUGGCAAGGAACUCCCGGAGCUGACCUUGAAGAAAAGCACAAACUCCAAGAGUCCCAUCGAAGAGGAGGUAGUGGAAAAAGUUCUUGAAAAUGACAAAGACAAAGAGAAGGAAGAGUCUCCGUUGCCUACAAGCCCAAAAGCCACUCAAUCUCAAGAUAAAGGGAAGGAUAAGGUGGAUUUACCAAUGUAUCAACCACCACUCCCAUUCCCCGGGAGGGUGAAGAAGAACAUGGACAAGACGCAAUAUGGUAAAUUCCUUGAACUUUUGAAACAAUUGCACAUUAACGUACCUUUUCUUGAUGCAUUAGGUCAAAUACCACGUUAUGCCAAGUUCUUAAAGGAUUUGCUCACCAAUAAGAAGAAGCUAGAGGAAUUGGCUACGGUUUUGCUAGGGGAGGGAUGCUCCGCUUACGUGCGCCGUCAACCACAAAAGCUCACGGAUCCCGGAAGCUUCACCAUCCCAUGUCAAAUUGGCGAUGCCGAGUUUAGCCAAGCUCUAGCGGACUCCGGGGCAAGUAUAAAUAUAAUGCCCUUUUGUCUUUUCAAGAAAUUAGACUUGGGUACACUUAAGCCCACUCGCAUUUGUAUUCAAUUGGCCGAUAGGUCAAUUAAACAACCCAAGGGGGUUGUCGAGGAUGUGUUAGUGAGAGUUGAUAAGUUCAUCUUCUCCGUAGACUUCGUCAUUAUAGACAUGGAUCCCGACCAUGAGGUCCCGUUGAUCCUAGGUAAGCCGUUUUUGGCCACCGCUCGGGCCCUCAUUGAUGUGGGGAGCGGGAAGCUUGUGCUUAGGGUAGGAGAUGAAUGUGCCACGUUUGAUGUUUCAAAGUUGACCAAGUACCCUAUGACUACGGAUGACGCAUGCUACUUUGUGGACAUCUUCCACAAGCAUGUUGAGUCCGUUUAUCCUAAUCUUGUGGGCAAAUUGAGAAAUGAUGCUUACUUGAAAGUGUUGUGUGAUGAUGAUGAUAAUGGUCUUGAAUCUUUCACUUUUGAAUUUUGA